AUGAGGGAUUUGUUUCAGUUUGUAGACCCUAACAGCUCAACAAAAACAUUUGGUGGGAAAACAGUUGUCUUAGGUGGUGACUUUCGUCAGAUACUACCUGUAGUCCCUAAGGGUACCAGACAAGAUAUUGUAUCUUCAGCUAUAAAUUCAUUGUAUCUAUGGAAUAGCUGCAAGGUAUUGAAACUAACCAAAAAUCUACGUUUGAGUACUGUUGAUGCUCAUGUGGAUCUACAUUCUUUAACAGAAUUUGCCAAUUGGAUUGCUAAUAUCGGCGAUGGGAAUAUUGGUGGACCGAAUAAUGGAUAUGCAGAAGUUCAAAUACCAAAAAGUAUGCUACUGUCGUCUAACAGUGAUCAUAUAGCAACCAUUGUGAAUAGUACAUUUCCUAUGUUUGUGAAUGGGAAUUCAAGUCCGCAGUUUCUAGAAGGUCGUGCUAUCCUAGCACCAACACUGGAUGUGGUUAAUUCAGUAAAUGAGUAUAUGAGUGCAUUGCAUACCUCGGAGAGUAAAACUUAUUUUAGGUCCGACACGGUGUGCAAAGCCGAUGCAGAUAAUGGGAUUCUUGCUGAUGCACACACACCAGAAUUCUUAAACGGCAUAAGAGUCUCGGGUGUGCCAAACCAUUCAUUGACAUUGAAAAUUGGAUCACCCGUCAUAUUAAUGAGAAAUAUUGAUCAUUCUCUUGGUUUGUGUAAUGGUAUCAGAUUGAUAAUUUCCAAGUUAGCAGACCGUGUUAUUGAAGCACAAAUAAUGACUGGUGCUAACCAAGGUACAAAGGUGUUGAUACCAAGAAUGUUGAUGUCACCGUCUGAUCCAAGGUUGCCAUUCAAGUUUCAAAGAAGACAGUUUCCGUUGAUGUUAUCAUAUGCAAUGACGAUUAACAAAAGUCAAUGA